UUAAUCUAGCUGUGUGUAUCUAUGUGCCAAUGAAUGACAGCUCUAACGCUUUCAACAUCUAAGGAAAUGUUUGGCUAGUGCAGUUUAUAAAUAUAAUUACAGCAUCUGCAGACUUUUUAGCAAAAUAAUAUGCUCUUUUUUUGUGUUCGGUUGAGAGUGUAAUUUUGGUAGUCGUUAUUUGCAUGCGAUACAAUUUAGGUUAAUGUAGACUAACCGAGUCGCAAAACUAGCUGCAUUUGAACCUGAGAUACCUUUUUAUGACAGUCGAAAGUGAAACAGCCAGUCAAGAGUUUUAUUAACUUCCUGUUGGGAUUAUGAAUCUGCCAAGCUCUUCAUCGUUUGGACUCUGUAGUUUCAUCGUUUUUUUCAGUUUUGUUGUUACCGAAAGUGCAAAACUCCGCUUGAACUAUGAUAAUGAUAAUGAUUGGAUUGAUCCAUAUGACAUGCUGAACUACGACCCGACGACAAAGCGAAUGAGAAAAUCCACAGAGUCUGAAAGUUACCAAAAUGUGCCAACCAAGAGGAGGGAAUUCAACUCCGAAUCCUGUGAUGUGCCAAAGUGUCCUGAUGAACAUGAAUGCAUCAAAAAACUACACAUUUUGCAGAAAGAGUUUGAUGAACAGAAAAGUAAGAGCACUGCCACCCUCUCAAAACCAGUAUGUCUUCCAGUAUUCAAGCGAUUCCUUUCCAAGCUGCUGAAGGAAACGUCAAAGCUUGGUCUGCCUGAUGAUGGAAUAACAGCAAUGCACUAUGACGCUGAGGUGAAGCUUUCCAAGCAGUCGCUGGCAGAGAUCCAGAAGCUUCUGAAUGAUGAAGACGGCUGGACCACCGGAGCCAUGGAUGAGGCUCUCAGUCAAAUUCUGGUCAAAUUCAAACUCCACGACUACGAAGCCUGGAAGUGGCGAUUCGAGGACACAUUUCAUGUGGAUGCUGAUACUGUGCUGAAGGUUUCUUUGAUUGUUCUGAUCAUCGUAGCCGUUAUCUGCACUCAGCUCUGGUCUGUGGUCUCCUGGUUUGUCCAGUUCAGGAGAAUGUUUGCCAUUUGCUUUUUUAUUAGCUUGAUCUGGAACUGGUUUCAUCUCUAUAUGCUUGCCUUUGCGGAACACAAGAAGAACAUUGUGCAGGUGGAGAGUUUCAAUGCCAAAUGUACUGGCCUAAAACAACUCAACUGGCAGGACAGUUUAUCAGAGUGGUACAGACGGACAUGGACACUUCAAGAUGAUCCUUGCAAGAAGUAUUACGAGGUCCUGGUUGUGAACCCUAUUUUGCUUGUACCUCCAACAAAGGCUAUCACGAUCACCAUAACCAACUUCAUAACAGAUCCCUUGAAGCACAUUGGUGAGGGCAUCAGUGAGUUCCUGAGAGCCUUGCUGAAGGAUCUACCCAUCACUCUCCAGAUCCCUGUGCUGAUUAUCAUCAUAUUGGCAAUCUUGAUAUUUGCGUAUGGAAGUGCUCAAGCAGCAAUACAUCAAGCAGCACGUUUUCCUCGGCUCGGCUGGCGGCAAGACCCACCACCUCCUGCAGUCGGACAGCGCCAAAAUCCUCAGCUUAGGGAGCAUGAGGAACCUUGGGAAGGGGGCGACGCUCAACAGCCACCACCAAUGCGGCAAGAAAACAGGGGGAAUCAUGUGGGAAACCGAGGGGAUCAGGGGUUCAGAGACGCCAACGCUCCGGAAAAUAGAGGGGAGGACAGAAGCAUGGAGAUCCAUCGGGACUUUUCCGCCAUUCCCAAAAGGACCCCUGUAGAGACUGUUCAAGCUGCAGGUAACACAUUUUCAGAUGAUGAAACUGAUUCUCAGCAACAGACUCAAGAGGUGGACUCUGGCGCAAAGGUUGACGAGGAAGUGAAAGUUGAGGAAAAGGAGAAAAAGGAGUCUUCUGUGGACAAAAAGGAGCAAAAAGAGACAAAAAGUCCAGACAGAAGUGAACCUGUAACCAGUGUGCCACCAUCUCCAAUAGACGUGAAAACAGUUGGAGCUGAUCAACGGAAUGAGGAGGCAUCAGCAGAUCUUCCUGACGAAGAAGAAUGCUACAGCUUUAAACAUCCAGUUCAAGAAACACAGAGUUAACAUGGUCUCAGAAGUGUUUUUGAAUGAACAGGUUUUCUAUUUUAGAUUAUUUGUGGCACAUAUUUUUAAUUCAAUGUUGGAAAAACAGAUUAUCCCCCUUAAAAUUAAAUAUGUAUUUUUGCUACUUUUGCCUUGCGUUUGGUUUCAUUUCCACACGUAAAUAUCCUGAACCACCCAAAAGAUGAUAUAAAGCUGGGGUGCUCAACCAUGUAACUGGAGAUCUAUCUUCCUGCAAAGUGUAGCCGAUCAAACGCAACUAAACCGACUAAGGAGGAUCUGAAGGAGCACUUGGUAUUUAAAGACAGGUGUGUUUGAUCAAGGUUGCAGCUGAACUCUGCAGGAAGGUAGAUCUCCAGUAAAGGGUUGAACACCCUUGAUAUGAAGAGAACAUACAAGUAUCUUAUUUGACAGAACAGUGUCAUUGGUUUAAAAGCCUAUACUGACACCUACUGGCCUGGAAAUAUAAAACCAUUUCAUUGCUGCUCCCUCUAUCACAACACACAGAAAUAAUGGACGUUGCUGGGUUAAAUCUCAAGGUUUUAUUUGUUUAUUUUUUAAUUUAAUAUUCUUAAUUUCAUAAGCCCCGGCGAGAGAAUUCGAUUUUUCGGGUAGUCUGUUUUCAUUUAUGCUCAUACCUUGUCAGUGAGUUGACUGAUAAUGGUUCCACACUGUAUGAUAUUAUGUUGUGCUAGUCAUUUAUAAUGCAUGGUUUGUUUUGUUUACAUUUAUUUUAAUGAAUAUGCUUACUUUGUAAAGUCCCUAGCUGAAAACACUAUAUGAAAUUAUUUUAUUUUAUUAAUAUUAGUAAGACUUCUGUCA